GCCCCUUUCAGAUCAGAAAGAACGACAAGAAACAAAGCAGCGGGUUUUUAAAAUUUAAAACAAAAGAAUUUAAGUUUCAGCGCCGCUCAAAGGACUAUUGCUGGGUCAGAUUCUCGAACAAAGGACUUUCGAGAGAACUUUCCAGGCUCGCCGACUCUUUUAGUGUCGUUUAUCUCGCUGAAAUCAUUACUAUGGUCAUCAUGGAAGUGCCCACCAUCGACUCGGCCUCGCUUCGCGGUCUUCUGGAGGGAGAUGAUCCGGACUGUCUGGUUCUGGACUGUCGCUCGUUUUUCUCCUUCAGCUCGUCUCAUAUUUCGGGCUCCAGUAAUGUGCGCUUCAGUACAAUAGUACGCCGGAGGGCCAGAGGGGGGCUGGGGCUGGAGCACAUUGUACCCAACGAGGACACUAGGAACAGGCUUCUGUCCGGGGAAUACCAGAGUGUUGUGUUCCUGGAUGACCGCAGUCUGGAGAUGGGAGAAGUGAAGAAAGACGGGACUUUAAUGCUCGCCGUGAACGCUUUGUGUCGCAACUCACGUGGAGCAAGUGUAUUCCUUCUCAAAGGUGGAUUUGAGACAUUUUCCUCUGAGUUUCCUGAAAUGUGUACAAAGCCAGUUCCCCCACAAGGCUUGAGUUUACCUCUGAGCUCUAGCUGCCAUCCAAACCCUUCUGAUUCCUCCUGUAACUCCUGUACAACCCCUCUGUAUGAUCAGGGUGGCCCUGUUGAGAUCUUGCCAUUCCUAUAUUUAGGCAGUGCUUAUCACGCCUCCAGAAAAGACAUGCUGGACAUGUUGGGAAUCACAGCACUCAUUAACGUCUCUUCAAACUGCCCCAACCACUUUGAAGACCACUUUCAGUACAAGAGUAUUCCUGUUGAGGACAACCACAAAGCCAACAUCAGUUCCUGGUUCAAUGAAGCUAUCGAAUUUAUCGAUUCUGUACGGAAUAAAGGUGGACGUGUCUUCGUUCACUGCCAAGCGGGUAUUUCGCGCUCUGCUACCAUCUGUUUGGCUUACCUGAUGCGCACCAACCGGGUCAAACUUGAAGAGGCCUUUGAGUUUGUCAAACAGCGGCGCAGCAUCAUCUCACCCAACUUCAGCUUCAUGGGGCAGCUUCUGCAAUUCGAAUCCCAAGUGCUUGCCUCCUCUACGUGUUCCUCGGAGGCAGGAAGCCCCGCCAUUAGCAAAAGCAGCACAGUUUUCAAAUUCCCCAUCCACACAGCGGCCAGCCCUCUUUCCUUCCUGCAGAGUCCCAUCACUACCUCGCCCUCCUGCUGAGACGGACUCUUUAAAGUGGUCCGAUUCAUUUUCUCACCUCUUGACAGGGGAAAGUUUUAUUUCUACGAUGACUGUAUGAUCCCUGAGGUGAUCUUUCCAGUAUUAAGGCUCAGGAACUUUUAGUUCCUGUGUUGCCGCCAAUAUUCCACAAUGGCUCAUAAUUGUGUGUUGAAGACUAGCUCCCCCAGACUGUUUUAGCAUUUUAACACUGUGGUCCAUACUUGAAUCGAAACCUCUGAAAAUUUGACGUGACACAAACCUAUUUGAAACACUCCAUUUCACCCUUGUGAGAAUCUCUCCUUUUUUAUUUUAUCUUUUUAAUUUGUGGAUGAGUCUCAGGUUUUUUGGUUAUUUCGAAUGAAGCCCCCAUGUCUUACAGGUUGCUCAGGGAUUGGUUUACUUUAUGUUGAUGAUGUUACUAUCAUUAU